CUUAGUGCCGGCUCUGCUGGCCGGGCUGGCCGGGCGUCUGGCCCUUUAAGGGCCGCCCCCAAGGAGGUGCCAGGCCCUGGUAGCUCCCGUCUCUCCUUCCUGGUCCUGCAGGGCAGGGACUGUCCUGUGGCUGUGGGAGGGCUCUGUGCCCAGUGCUGGCCCGGGUGUCUCCCACCUGACCCCAUGGCUCUGGUCACAGUGAGCCGCUCGCCCCCGUCCAGCGGCUGCUCCACGCCUGUGGGGCCGCCGCAGGACCAGGCGUCCAAGCGCAGGAGCCGGCUCCAGCGAAGGCAGAGCUUUGCAGUGCUCCACGGGGCCGUCCUGGGGCUGCAGGACGGAGGGGACGGUGGAGAUGCGGCCCAGCCCAGCCCCGAGCCGGAGGAGGAGGAGGAGGAAGCCUUGAGUGAGGAGCAGCUCCACGGAGACCAGACAGACAAUGGGCACGAGCCCCCGAGUCCCCAGAAACAGGAGCAGAGUCAGCAUCUUCAUCUCAUGGUGGAGCUGCUGAGACCGCAGGAUGACAUCCGCCUGGCGGUCCAGCUGGAGGCAGCACGGCCUCCCCGGCUCCGCUACCUGCUGGUAGUUUCCACAAGAGAACACGUGAGCCAGGACGAGACGGUCCUCCUGGGAGUGGACUUCCCUGACAGCAGCUCCCCCAGCUGCACCCUGGGCCUGGUCUUGCCUCUCUGGAGUGACACGCAGGUGUACCUAGAUGGAGAUGGGGGCUUCAGUGUGACGUCUGGUGGGCAGAGCCGAAUCUUCAAGCCAAUCUCCAUCCGGACCAUGUGGGCCGCGCUCCAGGCACUGCACCAGGCGUGUGAGGCGGCUCUCGGCAGCGGUCUGGUGCCAGGGGGCAGUGCCCUCACCUGGGCCAGCCACUACCAGGACAGGCUGAGCUCCGACCAGACCUGUCUCAACGAGUGGACGACCAUGGCCGACCUGGAGUCUCCGAGGCCUCCCGGUGCUGAGCCUGGCCGGUCCUCGGAACAGGAGCAGAUGGAGCAGGCGAUCCGGGCUGAGCUGUGGAAGGUGCUGGACACCAGUGACCUGGAGAGCAUCACCUCCAAAGAGAUCCGCCAGGCCCUGGAGCUCCGCCUGGGAUGCCCUCUCCAGCAGUACCGAGACUUCAUCGAUAACCAGAUGCUGCUGCUGAUGGCUCAGCAGGACCGGGCCUCCCGCAUCUUCCCCCACCUCUACCUGGGCUCGGAGUGGAAUGCGGCGAAUCUGGAGGAGCUGCAGAGAAACAGGGUCAGCCACAUCCUGAACAUGGCCCGGGAGAUCGACAACUUCUACCCCGAGCGGUUCACCUACCACAACGUGCGCCUCUGGGACGAGGAGUCGGCCCAGCUGCUGCCUCACUGGAAGGAGACACACGGCUUUGUGGAGGCCGCCAGAGCACAGGGCACCCGAGUGCUAGUCCACUGCAAGAUGGGCGUCAGCCGCUCGGCAGCCACGGUGGUGGCCUACGCCAUGAAGCAGUACGGCUGGAGCCUGGAGCAGGCCCUGCGCCACGUGCAGGAGCUGCGGCCCAUCGCCCGCCCCAACCCCGGCUUCCUGCGCCAGCUGCAGACCUACCAGGGCAUCCUGACCGCCAGCCGCCAGAGCCACGUCUGGGAGCAGAAAGUGGGUGGGGCCUCCCCAGAGGAGCCCCUGGCCCCCGAGGUCUCCACACCGUUCCCACCUCCUCCGCCAGAACCAGGGGGCAGUGGGGAGGUGAUGGCUGUGGGCCUGGAGGAGAGCCAGGCAUCCGCAAGAGAAGAGCCUGGGCCGAGGCCCCGCAUCAACCUCCGCGGGGUCAUGAGGUCCAUCAGCCUCCUGGAGCCCCCCCCAGAGCUGGAGAGCGCCUCCGAGGCUGGGGACCUGCCAGAGGUUUUCUCUUCAAACGAAUCUUCAGAGAAAGACCCUCCUCAGCCCUCCCCUCAGCUCUCCAAGGCCGAGGGAGGCCCGCAGGCCCACAAGGGGUCUUGGCCUGCCCUGAAGUCUCACCAGUCUGUGGCUGCCCUCAACAGCGCCGCCCUGGUGGCCAGCCGGACCCGGGCCUUCCAGGAGCAGGGGCAGGUGCAGGAGCAGGAGGAGGCUGGCCAUUCCUCCGCACCCAGGGUCCGGAAGGUGGUGAGGCAGGCCAGCGUGGACGGCAGUGGGGAGGAGGGCGAGGCCUGAGCCCUCGCGCACGCGCACGCCCACGCCCCCUUAGCCACAGACGGAGGUGCCUGAGCACAGCCCCAGGCCGAGCACCCUCACUCACUCCCAUCAGCCUGUGCGCACGCCUCUCAGCUCCGCCCCAGGGGGUCGGACCCCGUCACUCCAGCCUCAGCUCCCCCAGCCCGAAGCCUCAGACCCGCGUCCACCCCUCCAAGGGCUCAAGACUUUCUCUGAAAUCGGGGGUGCGGUAGAGACCGAAGGUGCUCACUCUGGGGACGUUCUCGACCGCUGCCCGAGACCCCUGCAGCCCCAGA